AUGGUUACAUUUAAAUUACUUCUCGCCAUUUCCGCUAUCAAAAAUUGGCCUACUCUUCAACUUGAUAUUAACAAUGCUUUUCUGAAUGGUGACCUCAAUGAAGAGGUUUACAUGACUUUACCCCCUGGCUUAUUAACACCUCCUUCUUCCUCUACAGGUCCUCCAAUGGUGUGCAAAUUACACAAGUCUAUCUACGGGCUCAAACAAUCUUCCAGGCAAUGGUACACCAAACUUUCUGAGGUCUUACUCAAUAUUGGUUUCACACAAUGUCAGGCAGACUACACCCUCUUUACUAAGGGUCAUGGACUACACUUCAUUGCCCUCCUCGUAUAUGUCGAUGAUAUUGUCAUCACAGGACCUACCGUGACCAAUCUGCACCAGCUCCAAAGUUCUUUACACUCUCAUUUCAACCUCAAAGCUCUUGGUCCCCUCAAGUAUUUCUUAGGAUUCGAGAUUGCAAGGUCCGCUGCUGGUUUGUUCUUAUCUCAAAGACAAUAUACUUUGCAAUUGCUUGAUGACAUAGGGUACUUGGGUUGCAAACCUACCGUCACCCCUAUGGACCCUCGUCUUAAGUUGGAUGCUUUUACAGGAACACCACUCACUGACCCAUCUCAGUACAGACGGUUGGUUGGCAGGCUUUUAUACCUCACUUUAUCACGGCAUGACAUCACAUUUGCUGUCCACAAUCUCAGUCAAUUCAUGUCUUCACCUCGAACCACUCACUUACAGGCAGUGCAUCAUCUCCUCCGUUACCUCAAAGGCAAACCAGGCCAAGGAUUAUUGUAUCCCUCCUCCUCCUCUCUUCAGCUGCGUGCCUUCUCUGACUUGGAUUGGGCUUCUUGCCCAAUCACUAGACGCUCUACUACAGGGUUCUGUGUGUUCUUAGGUAACUACCUCAUCUCCUGGCGCUCCAAGAAACAGCCCACCAUCUCCAAAAGUUCUGCUGAAGCGGAGUACAGAGCCCUAGCUGCUACUGCCAGUGAACUCACCUGGCUACAAUAUCUUUUAAGAGCCUUUCAAAUAGAUAUUUCAGCCCCUGCUUUCAUCUAUUGUGACAACAGUUCUGCUAUUCAUAUCGCCAACAAUCAAACCUUCCAUGAGCGCACUAAACACAUUGAAUUGGAUUGUCCCUUUAUCAGAGAUAAGAUAUGCAACUCAACCAUCAGAUUAGUGUCUGUCAGCAGCCACUUACAACUUGCAGACGCCUUCACUAAACCACUUCCAUCCCUUGCUCUUGAUUCUCACAUUUCCAAGAUGUCUAUGUAUGACAUCCACAAUACAUCUUGA